AUGUCGUCGUCCGAGGGGGAAAUUGUGACCCAACGUCAAACCGUUAAAAUAAAGCCACGAACAGUACAAAUUAAACCGCGUCGCGCUGUUUCCGGAGAAACCCUCGUUACUUCCGUGUCACUAUCCAAACAUGUGUCAGACAAUGCGGAUUUACAGGGGAGUUCAAAUGAAUCAAAAAAUAUGUCAAAAACGUACGACGACGACGAUAGUUUCUUCACGCGAAAUUCGAACUUCUCUCGAAAAAUUAUCACAAAAACUGAAAAGAGUGUGGAAAUUCUCAAGGAAUUGGAAGACAAUACACACGGAAAUGACAAUUCACAAUUCAACGACGAAAGCAGUGCCAAACGGGCUCGGAAAUCCAAAGGGAAAUCAAAGCAGCAUGACUGGAUUUUUUCGGGCGAUCCAAUCAACUUAAGUGAUUUCAGCGAUCAUGAAGACCUUUCUGACUUCUCAGAUGAGAUCGAUGAAAGAGAGAAUAACAAAGGUAAAAAACAUGACAUUCCAGAUCUUGAACGAGAACCUUCUUUGACACCACCACCCGAGCUAAAUGAGUAUCAACUUCGAUCUACGAUAAUAAUAUUGAAAACGGGCGAAUCAAAUAGCGCUACGCUCAUGCAAUACUCGGAAAGACUGAGGUCGGAUGGUAGUGAAAUUGGUUCGCCAGUCGUCCCUUAUGAAACCCAAGACGACACAGAACUGGACCCUGAUCUGUUAGCUAUUCGUCAAUCGAUUAAACAGAAUAACGAGAGGUCAAGUCAAAGCAUCAAUGCCAAAGUUGAAAUUAAGGUAACACCGAUACGCCAUCCAGAAAUUGAAAUUAACGACACGAAUAGAAAAACCAUAGCCGACUAUGAGAAACCAAUCAAGUUUAUCAUCAAGACGAGUGAUAACUUUGAACAAAUGAUAAAAUGGCUAUGUGACAAGAAGGGAAUAUGGAAACAAGACUUGAUAUUGACAUAUAAAAAAGUCAAAGUGUUUCCUCGUAGCACACCCGAAUCUUUGGGAAUGGUUGGUCAGGUUGUUAUGGAGGCAUAUACGAAGGACACAUUUAAUUACAUCAAAGAACGAGAAGCCCUGAGCAAGAAACGCUUGCUGGACGAAUUAGAUAGGGAUUCGGAAUUGUCAGAAGAAAAUGGAAUAAACGAUAACUCGGAUGCGUCUGAUAUUAAUUACGUGAAUGAAGACGAUUAUAUUCACUUGAAAUUGCGUAGUGAAGAUGAAUCCGUAGAAAAAUUAAAAGUAAAAAAGGUGCAGAAAUCUAGUCACUGUUAUGUGACGUUAAUUUUUAUUUCACAAAAGCGGCUAAUAUCGUGUUCUGCAUGUCGAAAACAGAGUUUAACAGUGCAGUCUGUUAUCGGCCGUUACAAAAAAAUGAAAAAUAUACCGGAAAGUGAAAAUGUAAGGCUGUUGUUAGAAGAUGAAGCGUUGUCAUUCACGGAUAAAUUAGGGGACACUGAUUUGGAAGACGGAGACAUGUUGUCGGUUGUUCUCAAUUGA